CAAGAAUAGAACAUAAAGAUCAAAGCAGUAUCAUAGAUUUAUCUUUAACUAUAUGGUAAUUAAAAAUGAAAAAAAUGGCAGUAAUUCAAUAAUUGUAUCAGCUUUGAUUUCUCCAAAAUGAUAUUUUCUUUGAACGAAUUAGUACAUUGGCUAGGUUUAACUAUCUUUGAAAUAUGGAUAAAUCUAGUCUCAUUGACAAUUUUCACAAUGUUAUUAGCCCUUAAGCUAGAUGAUAAUUAUUUUGUAGGUAAUUCAGGAUGGUGGAUAGUAUUUUCACCACUUUUUGUCGCGGAUGGUUUGAACACCUAUUUUUGCGCAAUUAUUUUCAUAAGGAUGCACAUGGAAGGGAUGAUCAAAGUUGCUAUUCUAAGAGCAUUGUGGAGUCUUAUAUUGUUACUUUUAAUAUUCGUUUUCAAAUAUCUCUUAUGUAAAAAGCUAACAGGACAAAGCACUUUGGAAUAUUCAGAAGUAAUGAGUCCUAUAUUCAUUCUGUUUCAAUUAAUUGCAGUUAGAGCAUGCCAACUUCAUUGAUCUGUGUAAAUUCCAUCAUCCAUUUAUAUGAGAAAAAACGAAUUCCUUAACAUU